UUUUAAAUGCCUGCUCUUGCAAACUACCAACAAUAUAUUUUCUCUUGUUACUAAAUAAAAAAUAGCUUCGGCCAAAUCUUUCCUUCAUUUGACACUAUUCUGUGAGUUGGUUUUCUUGUUCUUUCACUUGGUUUGCCUAUCAUCGUUUAUCUCCCCCAAUUUGUCUGUCUCUCUUUCAUUCUCCCGCACGAGUCUCAUACCCCAACUAUACACAUUUCCAUAUUUAGUUAGCUAAAUAUUUGCUUCCAACAGACAACAGGAGCGAACAAUGAAUAACUUACAUUUUUUCAUUUCAUCGACCUUGUAUUGAUAAUCUCUUGUUCCCUUAAAAGGCUCCUGGUGGGCUUAACUCGUCACCAAAGCAGACAGAGAAUUUCUCCAUUGCCGGCACAGAUAAAUUUGGAAGAUGGCUGUUUCAAGAGCUCUCAAUUUCUGCAGGAGAUUCUCCACAGUGUCGUCGGAACCAUUAAGCGUUUGCAUCGUGGGGAGCGGGCCUGCUGGUUUCUACACUGCCGAUAAGGUUUUGAAAGCUCACGAGGGAGCUGAAGUUGAUAUAGUUGAUCGGUUACCUACGCCAUUUGGAUUAGUCAGGUCCGGAGUGGCUCCUGAUCAUCCUGAGACGAAGAUUGUGACGAACCAGUUUUCUCGGGUUGCUCAAAAUAGACGUUGCUCAUUCAUUGGGAAUCUCUCUCUUGGAGCCUCUGUAACUUUGGCUGAGCUGCGUGAAUUAUAUGAUGCGGUGGUUCUUUCUUAUGGAGCUGAAAGUGAUCAAGCUCUAGGAAUAACCGGAGAAGAGCUAGCUGGGAUACAUUCUGCCAGAGAAUUUGUUUGGUGGUAUAAUGGCCACCCAGACUGCCGAAAUCUGGCACCAGAUUUGAAGAGCUCCGAUACUGCUGUUAUUAUCGGUCAGGGAAAUGUAGCUCUUGAUGUGGCGCGUAUCCUUUUACGACCAACUACUGAAUUGGCAACAACUGAUAUCUCCUGCCAUGCUUUGGCAGCUUUAAGAGAGAGCUCCAUUAGAAAAGUGUAUUUGGUUGGAAGACGUGGAGCAGCACAAGCAGCCUUCACGGCGAAAGAACUGCGUGAAGUUCUAGGGAUCAAGGACCUAUCCAUUGAAAUUCGGCAAGCGGAUUUAAGUAAAACCCCAGCAGAUGAGGAAGAGCUAAAGAAUAACCGGAUUAAAAGGAGAAUUCAUGAACUGCUCUCUAAGGCAGCCAUUCCUGCAACUUCCGUAUGCAAUCCAAGCCAAAAAGAACUGCACUUUGUUUUCUUCAGGAAACCAGACAGGUUCCUGGAAUCAGAUUCUAGAAGUGGUCAUGUUGCUCGUUUGCGGGUGGAGAGGACAAUUCUUAAAGAAGAUGUUGGCUCUGGGAAACAAAUUGCAGUUGGUACUGGACUUUUUGAAGAAAUGGAAUGCGGGCUGGUAUUGAAGAGUGUUGGUUACAAGUCGAUACCUGUUGAUGGCUUGCCUUUUGAUCACCGUAAAGGUAUUGUUCCAAAUGUUCGGGGACGUGUGUUAAGUGAAGCCUCUGGAGAUGCACAAGUCGAGAAAGGCUUGUAUGUAUGUGGGUGGUUGAAGAGAGGACCAACUGGGAUAAUUGCUACAAAUCUUUACUGUGCUGAAGAAACUGUCGCUAGCAUAUCAGAAGAUGUUGAGAGAGGAGUGGUAACAUCUGGCUUAUCAAAGCCCGGUAGGGAGGGCCUCCUCCAAUUGCUCGAUAGCAGGAAUGUCAAAAUUGUUCCAUUUGGUGGCUGGGAAAAGAUCGAUAGUGAAGAGAAAAGGAGAGGGAGUCUGAAAAACAAACCCAGGGAAAAACUUACCACUUGGCAGGAUUUAUUAGAAGUUGCCACCAAGUGAUAAAAGUGUCUCCAGGAUGGCAGAUUUUACUUAUGGUAAAACCUCAACUCUAUAACUCUUUCAGAUGCGUGCAUUGUGAUUGACCCUCGGCAUUUAGAGGAUUGACAGUGCAUUCUUUCUAAGAAAACACGAGAAAUAAUUGGUUACCUUCCAAUCAGCUCUGUUUUUAUCUCUUCUGGUCCUGGAACCUUACAUUGACAUGGUGACAGAUUCUAACCAGGUGGAGAUUAGAUGACAAGAGUGUUGUGCUUUUGUAACACAGCCAUCAUUUGUAAGUUGAGCACUGUAGUUGUAUUCAAGGCUCAGCAUAUGCAUUUCAGUUAAAGGGUAUUGCAAGGAUAGAACGAUUCAAUCAUUCUUGUUUUUGCAUUGCUUCCUCCAAUUUUUGGUAGUUAGUUCAAUCAGAUUAAGUGCGCAAUUUCUGGGCAACUGCCACAGUGGGAAUUGAAGUACUUUAGUUAUAUAAUCAUCUCUUGGGCUGACAGUUCAAACUGAUAUCUUUAUGUGUAAAAUUGAAGAUAAUCAAAAACAAUUUGUAAAUGUAAAUGGCCUAUAAAAUCAAUUUUUGCUACUUUA